AAAAAAUGUGGAGACGCGGCCACUCCUCUCCCCCGAUGCGCCGCCGCCCCCCGUCCCCCCUGCUCCGCCUCCGCUCCCAGCCUCUCCCCCUCGGCGUUCGCGCCUCCGGAUCGAAGCCCACGACGGCGGCGUUCCCAGAUCGGCAAAGCGCCACCCCAUCGGAUCGUCGUCACUGCUGACGGCCGCCUCCUCGUCAAGGAAGCGCGGCUUCCAGCCGGCGGCGACCAAGGCAAGGGAGGCCCGCGAAGAAGUUGCUCCUGCUCCCGCGGCCGACGGCGGCCGUGACGAAGCUGCUCCUGCUCCAGAGGGGCGCCUCUGCCCCCGCGUGUUCCACCGGGAGAGGAGGAGAGGAUCCUCCGCGUGAUCUUCUUCUUCUCGGCCGACGAUGCAUCCUCCUCCUCCGCCGCGUCAUGGGCGCUCACCACGGAAGGGGAGGUGCCGCUGGAGCUCAAUCUGGCAUUCAACGCCGCGGACGGCCGGCCACAUCCCCUCCCCUGUGGGUUUCGCCUGGGCGGGCGUCUCCUACUCUUCCCGGACCUCACGGUCCAGGCCAUCACAAGUCUGCCCUACAUGAUGCCUGGCAGGCUAACCCAGCAGGAUGCAUGUGCAACAGACUGAAACAAGCAGCCUACACUGUCCUCAAAUCCCCUGUUUCUUCUUUCACAGCUCUGCUCUCCAACAGCUUGCACGGCUCCAUCACCGCCGAGAUCAUCAACUGCAACAAGCCGACAGCAAUUUAUGCGUGCCACCAAAUUGCAGGCACGGAGGGGUUGUACACGGAGCUGCAGGGGAAGAUGAUGGGCAAUAAGGCCACAGAGUAAGCGCUCAUCUUUGUCGAGGAGUGCGGACUCACCAGCCUUCUCACGCCGGAUCAGUUCCUCAACGAGCGGGAGAGUAUGCUCCAGGGGAUCUCUUCCUCCUGCGCGCCUGAUGCUUGGCAAGAUUGAUGUUGUUGGUGGCACAAGUGGCAAGGCGCUGAAGAGAGAAGGAAGUGCAUGCUGAAGGACGUGCUUUGUGUUGCGAAGUGCUAAUUGAUGGAUGGAUAUGGCUGGUGAUAGAUAUGUGUUGUGUACUUAGUAGAUAAAACGGCUUGGUUUUAUUUGUCAUGAACCUCAAGUGUUGGAAAUCGAUGUAGAUGCAUUUCUCAGCUCUUGUUUAUGUUGGGCUGGGCAAUGAGAUGAGCAAGGGCGAUACUAGAAACAUGCAUGCCACCGUAAAUUUCUGCAUUUCUUAAGUGAAGUGGAGGAAUUUAAGAAAUAUGAUUCAUGGAAUGACCAUGCAUCACUCUGUGAAAUGAAAUGAAAUGAAACGAAAUGCAAGUUGUUGAGUCAA